UUCUGACAUGCAGAAACUCGAUCAGACGCAAGGACCAUUCAUCUUGGGUUUAUUUAAGUUCUUCUUGGCGACCAUGACUGGAGUGAUAAUUAAUGCAAUUAUCUCCUGGUAUUUCAUUGUGGCUAUCAUCCCCAUCAGCCUGGCGUACAUGCUCAUUAUGAAAGUCUUUAUUGAUAGCUCAAGGGAAAUGCAACGGUUGGUGAAUAUUUCCUCCUCACCCGUCUUCUCCCAGUUUACUGAGUCGCUUGGAGGUUUAGCUACUAUUCGUGCCUACAGACUUCAGAAAAGAUUCAGGCAAAAUAUCGUCGGUAAAAUCGAGAAAAACCACGUGGCUUUCUGCUUUCUUCAAGAUAGUAACCGAUGGCUUGGGAUCAGAUUGAAUUUGAUAGGAACCCUGAUUGUUCUAGGAGCCGGACUGACUAGUCUUCCUGCAUCAACUCUUCAUCCAGCUACUUUUGGCGCUAGUCUUGUUGGUUUGGCAAUAACAUAUGCAGUACAGGCUGCAAAUUCCAUGACAUGGGUUGUUCGUAAUUCAACCAGUGUCGAGUUGGGCAUGAAUUCUGUAGAGAGGAUCAAAUACUAUACCAAGGUAGAGAACGAGAAAUAUGAAGGGUCUGUGACUCCAAGCCGUAAUUGGCCAGAGAUGGGCCAUGUAAUAUACAAUCGAGUACAUGCUAGGUAUGCGGCUACCCUACCUGCUAUCCUUCAUUAUGUUAGCAUUGAUUUCAAACCAGGCAUGAAGGUUGGUAUUUGUGGCCGAACAGGGAGUGGGAAGUCUUCGCUGACACUGACACUUUUCCGCAUCAUCGAUACAUUUAAAGGAUCUAUUCACAUCGAUGGGAUCGAUAUCGGGAAGCUGUCUCUCGUCGAUUUGCGAAGUCGUCUUGCCAUCAUACCUCAAGACCCUUUCAUGUUCACAGGAACAGUUAGAUUCAACUUGGACCCUGAGGAAAGGCGAUCAGAUGCUGAGAUAUGGGAAGCAUUGGAAGUUGCCCAACUCAAGGAGCUUGUGAGAGAUCUUCCAAACAAUCUCGACUCGAUGGUACACGAAGGAGGAGAUAACUUCAGUGUGGGUGAAAGACAACUCUUCUGCCUUGCUCGGGAUACUAAAAAAACUCGCAUUUUGAUAAUGGAUGAAGCAACGGCCUCCAUUGAUGUCCACACGGAUGCUAUUCUACAGGAAGUCGUCGCAACUGCUUUCCAUAAGGAAACCGUCAUCACGAUUGCGCAUCGUGUGUCAACUAUCCUGGAUUCAGAUCAGAUUGUUGUACUCUCCGAAGGACACGUCGCAGAGGUGGGAACACCAGGAUCUCUGCUGAAGAAAAAAACUAGUAUCUUCGCUUCUCUUGUCAGGAAUAAGCUUUAACUAAACAAAGUUUCCAUCAGCUUGAUUACGAUUAUGUCACUUCCAAUUGUUCACAUUAUUGGAAUUUAAGAAUGUCAUUUUUAACAGUGCAAUCGGAUAUGCAUGGUGUUGAAAUGAUUUUUUUUUGUUUUUUAAUAUUUCAUGCGGCUGUGGUCGGGUGAGAACAAGUGGUAAAUAAAAAGGGCUGUUGGUAUAUUAAUCAAUAUAUUUUAGAUUUAAAGAGCGCACUCGUUGUGGGCACAAGCACAAUUUAAGUGUUAAAGAUACUAUGUCCCUUUUGCAGGCAGCCAACAUCAAAUUCUGUAGAACUUUGCAAGACUUAUGAAUAUGUCAUGUAUGU